GUCGAAAUCGCGUCGCCCGCGGAAGAGCGAAAGCAUCGUCAUCUUCGGCUCACAUUUUGCCUGACUUCAGGAAGUUCGGCCUAACUUGCAUCCCCUACCCACAUUCAACGCCAGGCGCUUUUCUGCCGUUCUUAUCCAAAUAUUGACUUUUAAUCAUUGCAACCUCUUACCUGAAUGCACUUCGGUUGCUCAAUCCGACAACUGGCUUGCCCCUCGAGACGAGUAAUGACGCGAUCUUCGCCCAUCAAACCGUGCCUUGCCUAUUGACCUGAAUCCCUGCUCAGGCGCCGCCGUCUUGAAAUUUCGAUCAACAACUGCACAAUCGUUGCCCUCGACGGAUCGGGCUAUUCAUUCUGCUCGGCUUCGCGAGUAGGCCGCCGCAAUGGUUUCCUCAAGGAAGCGCUCCUUUCAGGAGGUUGAUAAAGAGGACGUCCAGGCUCCCAAGGAGCCUUCCCUGCUGCAGCGCAUCAGGAAUAUGUGGCAACUCGCCAACAUCGCGCAAUUCCUAGCUAUAUUUGGGCCUGCAGUCAAGAUCGAACCUCCGGAUAUGGAUGAACUGGAGGCGGAAUGUCUUAAACCCCACUCGACCGCGCUUCAAGAAAUUGGACUGGGCAUGCUCAAGUUUCUCUCUUCCCAUAGAGGCCUAACACUCGAGUUGUUCGAUGAGUAUAGUAGGAGGCAGUUUACUUCAAAAGCUCCAGAGAUCGAGAAUCCGUUUGGGAAUGAUGAAGUCGCGCUCAAGUUUGCCGAUUUUGACGUCUUCAAGAAGAUUCGAGUACUCCACCAAAUGACCCAACUUAUGUUGCGGCAAUCGGAAAAGUUGCGUGAGCGCAUGAGCGAGAUCAAAGACGCCGACCAUGACCAUACAGCUUGGAGGAUUGAACCUAUCGGUUGGGAUGAGGAUGAUCGUACAUACUUUCUUCUUGACGAUAACAGACUUUACAGGUUGACUGAUGCUCCGCCGCCGAAACCACCCGCGCCAAAGCCGAAGAAGAACUCCAAGAAGGCGCGUGCCGCUGCCAGGGCUGCAAAGCGGCGCCGCGUAUCUGGGGUUGCAGACUCUAUAGUUGAUCAUGACGAAGAUGGGAACGAAGAUGUGCAGGACGACCAAGAUUCAAAAGAUUUAGAGCAACUUGAAGAUGAUGGUCUUGGAGGGGCCAAGUGGGAAUGUAUCACCGUCUCGCUGGACGAUGUCAACCAAUUUCUUGAAAGUUUCAAGAAGACCAAGGAUCCGAACGAGAAGAUACUCAGAAAGCAAGUCCAAGACCACCUGGUGCCCAUCUUGGAGCGCGAGGAAGAAAAACGUCAAAAGAAGAUCCGGGAGCGAGAACGAGAGCUACUGAAUUUGGAAAAGAUGGCGAAUGCCAAACGCUCCAGCCGCCUGGCUCACAAGGCUGAGAAAACCCGUAUCGACGAACAAACCCAAGCCGAAAAACUCAAGCAACUCGAGCAGGAGGCUGCCGCCCGGAAGGAACAGGAGAAUCUGCGCAAAAUUGAAAAGGAACGAAACUCGAGGUUAAUGUCUAGAGAGAAGCGCCUCAGGGAGCGAGAAGCGCGCCGUUUACAGCACGAGCGAGAGCUCUCAGUCCUUUCAGAGGAUAGCAAAAGUGUUGGAUCUGCCCCUGGACGAAUGUCAGAAAGGCGUCGUGAGGCUGAGAUCCAAAGGGCUAAGCGAGCUCUGGAGGAGCUCGAUGACGAAGAGGAAGAGUGGGUGUUCGACUGCGUCUGCGGGCUGCAUGGCCAAGUUGAUGAUGGCGAACAUAGCGUGGCGUGCGAAAGGUGCAAUGUUUGGCAGCAUAGCAAGUGUCUUGGCAUCGACCAGGACGAGGCUGAGCGGGAGGAUUUCCACUUCAUCUGUGGGCCCUGCAAGCGGCGCCAGGAGGAGAACGAGCGUCUCCGUCCUAGAGGCACAGUUAUAAAGAUAAAGCUUGGAUCUGCCAGCUCGUCCCCUGCGACUGCCAAGGCAGCUCCUGCCGCACAAAAUUCCGAAUCGUCCCAAUACGCAAAGCAGUCGACAGUUCUCAGUGGUGCUGCGAGUGAAAAUGCCGCUGAGCUUGGCACAAAGGCUGCCGAUCCACCAGCGAGUACCGUCAAGACACCGAGGGUUGGUGACUUGUCUUUCACCUCGGCCAGCUCUCCAGUUCUACCGCCCCCGCAGGAGCAUCAAAACUUCACCAUCCCGAUCAAGUCAGCCGCCGCUGCACCUCUGCAGUCUACAGAGACUCGUGCUUUACAAAGGCCCAACCCUGAUGGCGUGCAUAAUCCGUUUUCGUCUCCCCACCCGGACCUAUCGCCACCCAGCCAGUCCCCUACGAAAGCUCGGGCAUACCAUACCGUCUUUGAGCAGUCCAGCCCCUCGAAUGUUGUCGGCGACACGAAUGGGCAGAAGACCAAUGGUCGCGUCCAUCCUUCUACCACACCUGUCCUGGCACCAGCACAACCUAGGGCAGAGUCUGCAGCUGCCAUGAGGCCCCAAUCCCCAACAAAGGCCAGUUUUGACAGCUCGCGACAACCACUUCAGUCCAAGGCACAAUCUCCGGGUGCGAACAUGCUCCCCGGUCCGUUGACUACGCCGCAAUUCAAACCCGGUUUUUCGGAGAAUAGAUCAGUGCAGAGGCCAUCCCCUUUACCGCCCUCAAGUGCAGGCAUGUCACCUACGAAGCACUCGCCAUCUUUUCCACCGACGACCAUGAAUGGCCUUCACCCGAGUUCAAGUCCGACACCUCCGGUGUUUCCGCCUAUCGAGGCUUUGUCGCCAUCUCCACGCCCCCAAGAUCCGACCCCACCGGUAAAGCCGUCAACCCCGGCUUCAAGCUUCAACAGCGGGAUCCCUUAAUGGGUUACAAACCUCACUUACUAGUUUUCAUUUUAUUUCUGGUCAUUUGAUGGUUUGUAUUUGACUUGCUAGGGUUUUUCGUUUUCGGAUUGCAUCUUGGGGCGUGGAGUUUUCGAGAUAUUAGUAAAGCACCAAUUGUGUUUUAAUUACAUAUAGACUCAAACUGGGUAGGAGAGGUGUUACUCCUAUGUUUUUGCCUUUUUUUUUUCUUUGUCUUCAGUCGAGAUAUUGCGGUAUGCUUCACAUUGUCUGGGGUAUACCCAAGUUUUGUGAUGCUUUAAAGAAACCGAAAACAAGGACUCCUAGACUGUGAGACUGCGGCAGCCUUGAUCGACGAAGACUGCCAAACAUCUAGAAGCUAGCUGCCUGCUUAAGAGGGAACUUCGGCUGGAAAUAGAGGUUAACUUGACAUUGACAUUGACAAAACUAGUGGUACC